AUGUGGCCUAAUCGAAAUGUAGGGGAAGAAGUGUCACCAACUGCAAAUGUAACUGAAGAGAUCCCGAAUAUGCAAAGCUCUUCAUCUGCAUCAGUAUCGCCACCUGUGCGUUUAAAUGAAGGAGAUCCCCAAAUGAGUAUCAGUGUGGGUACUUCCUCGACAGCAGGACCAAGUAGUGUUAACGAAAUAGCCACUACCACCCAAUCAAGCACUAUUGCAGAAAAUGAAACCAACCGCCCAUUAAACCUGAAUGAUAUUCCGCUACCCCCCGUUCGGUCCCGGUCGCCAAUAAUGGUAAGGCGACCAGCCUGUUGGAGAAGAACAAUACGUUUACCCCCUAUCAGAGGUUCUAGAUCCUCCUCGAGAGAGAGCCAGCACCGAGAGAAUCAUUUCUACGUGGACGAUCUGACGGAAUCAGACUCGGAUGAAGAUAUGGAUUUACUUGCAUCAAGAUUUGCGAUGCCAUAUAGACCUCCCGCUGAACACAUAGAUCUGCUACUAAGGAAGUCGUUCCACACCUACGCUGCAGUCCAGAGACCAACACCAGUACGUCAGUUAAGAUGCGAAUGUUCUGAGACUCUGGCGCUCCGCAAACCAAAUGGACCUCCGAAGAGCGAAGUAUGGCCCCGUAGACGCCGCCCUCGUCAGUCACAGGCCCCUGACACAUGUGCAAGUAGUAAAACUGACGACGACGAUGACGACGACGAUGACGAUGAUGAUGAGCAGUCAGAAAACGAUGAUGACUCUACAUCGGAUGAUAGUACUAGUUCCUCUAACUAUGAAGAACUAAAUUUAAAUAGAACAUUAAUUAUCCCCUUCAGUCACCAAAGAAUACCGCCACCUGGGCCCUCGCCGCGAAGACGGCAAAUUCGUUCAGUAAAAAAUAUGCCCCAGCCUAACCUCCUAGCUAAACAAGUAGCGAAUAAAGUCAUCAAGUUCGCGCUAUUCACAAGGAAUAAAAAUGAAGAAGUAAUGUGUUGUCGAAGCUGCGGUUUAUAUCCUAUACAUCCUAUCUCCGGAACAUGUGGUCACACACGAUGCACUGCGUGUAUUGAGUUAAACCAAAAAUGCCCGUGCGGAAAGGAUUCACCGCAACCGAAAAAGGUCAACAUUGUAAUUCGGGAUAUGAUGGAGAAGUCAGCCAAAUUUCGCAACUCGAGAGUGCAAUUGGGAUUGUCAUGGGCUAAUCCAAGAAAAGGCGUGCCAGCAAACUGCCUAUCAAAAGGCGCUCGUGCAUCGUGCGUGGGUCCUAUUCGGGCUAAGCGUGCCAAGCGGUUUCUCCAAACUCCCACCGAUCAAUUUCAUCAUCACAUUCCCAUGUCUGCUCGGGCAAGAUUCGCCUAUGCUUUGGAGCUGCUGCGGAGUGGCCACUACAAGGACGCGGCCCCACACUUGGCAAUUGCAGCAGCUGCCUGCGACUCACAGUUGCAAGUAGCACGUACACUACUUGCUCAGGUUGUAAUGGUAUUAAGUAAAAACCGUGACCCGAGGGGUUUGACUCGAGAACUGAAUCAGUAUGUGCGUCAGCAAACUUCUAUGAGCUGGGUCACUACUCGAGACAUGGAGUGUAUUUUAUGUUGUGAGGUCCUGACCAAACCAGUGACCACGCCAUGUGGCCACAUGUUCUGCAGGACUUGUCUUGAGAAAACACUGGAUUAUAGGAGAAGGUGCCCGUUAUGCCUACGGGGUUUGGGCGAGUUUAAGAUAAGCGAGAGUAAAGACACGUUAUUCGUGCACGCUGCUCUGGCUUCGAUCAAUGCUCUUAAAAUGUCAGGACCUAUGGAAGAAAAGGAUCUUGUUCCUAUAUUCGUGUGCACAGUUGCAUUUCCAACUGUUCCAUGCCCCUUGUUCAUCUUUGAUCCUCGCUAUUGGUUGAUGAUUCGGCGCGUAUUGGAAUCAGGAUCCCGUCGAUUCGGUAUGAUUGCUAUGGACAAUGACAAAAAGUUCGCUGACUACGGAACGAUUUUGGAAGUGCGCGAUUGUGUGCAGUUUGAAGAUGGCCGGUCCAUCCUUUCUACAGUGGGCACGAUUCGGUUCAAGGUGAUCGAGAGAUGCAUUAGGGAUGGAUGUGAAGUUGCUCGCAUCGAGCCCGUUGAAGAUAUACAGGUCCGAUCUGAAAGGGCAGCCCACGAAAUUAAGAUGCAAGCCUCGAAACUCUUGUUAAAAGCUACAUUCUGGAUAAGUCAAUUACACGAAGACGUAAUGGCGGAUAUUGAAACCGCCUUUGGCUCAAUACCGGAUUACAACAUUGAGGCAACUGGCGAAGCCUGGUGGAAAACCAAGGAUGGGCCCAAAUGGCUUUGGUGGCUCGUGGCGAUAUUACCUCUGAGACCUGAAAUAAAGGUAUUAAUCCUCUCCACUGACAGCCUCCUCAAGCGCUUACAGGCUGUCGAUCGCACGCUCGAGGCACUUGAGGAGAUAAGGCUCGCAACGAUUGAGCCAGCGCAAUUUCAACUUGAAAUACAAGAAGAGUCCGAUGACCCAUUAGUGAACUAA